UAUGAGCUUCUCAUCAAAUCUCAAUAUCUCUCUUCCCCUCACUUCUCUCUCACUCAAAUUUAGGGAUUUUAGAAUGGAUAGGAUGAGAAUAGUGGUGAUAUUUGUUAUAGCUCUGAUUCAUUUGAGCAAUGGAGAGUUUCAACGCUUUCAACACCCUACAAAAGCUGAUGGCUCUCUCCAAGUGUUGGUGGUGGGAGAUUGGGGAAGAAAGGGAGACUACAACCAAGCUCAACUUGCUAAUCAGAUGGGCAUCACAACAGAGAAAAUGGACAUUGAUUUUGUUAUAUCAACGGGUGACAAUUUUUACGAGGAUGGAUUGACUGACGAAAACGAUGCUGCCUUCCACAAAUCAUUCACUGAUAUCUACACUGCUCCUUCUUUGCAAAAGAUGUGGUACAAUGUGUUGGGAAACCAUGACUAUAGAGGUGACGCCUUGGCACAAUUGGGUCGAAUUCUCAAAGCAAGAGACAGCAGAUGGUUUUGUAUGAAAUCUUUUAUUCUCGACGCAGAAAUUGUAGAAUUUUUCUUCAUAGACACGACGCCGUUUCAAGACAAAUACUUCACAGAUCCAGAAAAUCAUGUCUACGAUUGGAGAGGUGUUCUUCCUAGAGAGAAAUACCUUUCAACCCUCGUAAAGAAUUUAGAGAGUGGACUAAAAGAAUCGAAGGCAAAGUGGAAAAUAGUGAUAGGUCAUCAUACAAUUAAAAGUGCUAGUGAACAUGGCAACACGCAAGAACUUGUCGAUAAGGUUCUUCCAAUCCUCGAGGCAAAUGGCGUUGAUCUCUACAUAAAUGGGCACGAUCACUGUCUACAACAAAUAGCUAGUUCUAAAAGUGCUCUACAGUUUCUGACUAGUGGGGGUGGAUCAAAGGCUUGGAGAGGUGUAUACAACUGGACCAACCUUAAUGAGAUGAAAUUUUUCUAUGAUGGUCAAGGCUUCAUGACUCUGCACAUUACUCCUCAUCAAAUUGAUGUCAAAUUCUAUGAUAUUUCUGGCAACAUUUUGCACAAAUGGAGUAUCUCACCACAGUCAUCCAUCGUUUCCAACCUCUAAAUCUAUAUUAUUUAUUGGUUGGUUUCUUAAUUAUGUUAAACAAACUAAUAAAGUAAAAUCAUUACUUGGGUUUAUGUUGUAAAGAAGUUAUAUAUUGACAUGGCAAUUUAUUUUGUUAAAUAAAUAUAUUGUACUAAAUUUAA